AUGGCACCUUCGUUGACUGUUGCAGUUGACACCGAUUCUGCUGCGAAGGUGUUGGUAAUGGUGCAUAGCUGCACUCGUUCGGACCACAGAGACUGCACUGCUUAUCGAGUUGAAAGAGCUGCGCGUAGUUGUCGAGUGAGGUCGUGGUACGCGCAUAUGGUGCUGAUCCAUUUGUCUGAGUUUGGGGCUGAGGCAGCACGAGGUCUUGUGUUGCCAACGCUGUUUACCUACGUCCAGGAACUCGGCGGUGGGCUGGAGGAAGUUGGUUUACUCACUGCACUCUUUAGUGUCGGAAGGUUCUUCUCGUCGCUCUUGUUCGGUUGGCUCUGUGAUCGCACGUCGUUUCGAGUGCUGUACAACGUUGCGGGCGCUUGUUCAGUGCUGGGCAACUUGAUGUAUGUACUGCCAUAUAGUUCGUCCGUACGCAACCGGACGCUGCUUGCCCUCAGUCGAUUGGUGAUUGGGUUUGGCGCCGGCAAUCGAAGUGUUUGUCGAGCCAACAUCGCCAUGCUCACGCGCGUGGACCAGAGGCUGGAGUACUUUACGCUUUUUGCUACGGUCGUUUUCCUCGCGUACGCACUGACUCCAGGACUUGGAAGUGUCAUAGGUGAGACGCAGAUCGAGAUUGCUACUGACCUACUGCAGUUCAACCGGUUCACUGCUCCAGGUUUUCUGCUUGUAGCGCUCAACUUGUUUACGAUACUCGUUAACAACCUGGUUUACGACGAGUCAAUUUCGCGUGAUGACGCUCGAGGAUCUCCAAAGGUCAUUGCAUCUGUACCUGUAUCGUCGGAGAGCACGAAGCCGAACGUGAAUGAGCUAACAAUUGUUGUCGACAAAUUGGAGAAGUCUACCGAAAAAGUUGCCGAAAAGAAACCCACACAAGAGGUGAUGUCGCCCAUUUUAUCGGAUCAAGCGGUGACUGUGGGCAUGCUGGUAUUUAUCUUCUUGAAUUUCAUCACGCGCGGAAUCCUUUCCAUUUUCGAGACUGUGAAUGUGCCGCUAUUCCUGCAACUGACGAAUCGAAACACCAUUCAGGAACAGGACUCUGUCGAGGCUACACGUGAUGCGUCCACUUUCUAUCUCGUCAUUGGGCUCUUGGGAUUAAUCUCGUACGGUUCGGUGCACGUGUUGCGCAAAAAGGUCCCUGACACGGGCUUUUUGCUCUUUGGCUUUGCCAUGCUGCUCGUGGGCAACGCAAUUCUACUUACAGUGUGUGCAGGUAUGCAAUUGAACAACGAACGAAGCGACGACGCAGACCACUCUCAGCAGCAAUUUGACAUCUUUGCGACUGCCGAGGUUUUCGUUUGGAGCGUUGGCUGCCCACUAACAUCGGCCGUGGUAGUGUCAGCGUUCUCGAAAGUCCUUGGCUCACGACCGCAAGGUCUGCUUAUGGGUGUUUUUGGUGCCUCAGCAUCAGUCGCUCGUAUGGUCUUGCCGUUUUUACCGAGUCUACUGGCGUCGUGGCCACUGCUCUUUCUUGUCAACAUGGUGCUAUGUGCCGUCUGCAUUCUGGUGCUAUCGUUGUACCUCGGCUUUAUCUCCAGCCACGGUGACAAGACGGAUGGUAGAUCUACGGUGGUCUACGACAGCGUCCAGCUACACUCAGACGGCCGGGAAGCUGAUUGA